AAUUGGUGCAACCUCAAUGUGCUAAAGAGGUUUGCCCUUCUCCCAAAGAUGAUAAAUUGCCCAAAAUGUUAGGAGAUGAUGCCGAUUUGUUGUUGUGUGGAGUUCCCGUUGCGGAUAAUGCUGUAAAUUAUGUAUCACUUCCACCCGAGAAAUAUUCUCCCGUGGAACAUGCUUGCUGGAGUAAGGGGCAGGCUGCUCCAUACAUACAUCUUGCACGAACUUUUGGAUUGGUAGAGGAAGAAAAAGGCAAGAUAAAAGCAACAUCAAUGUUGUGCAAUAUGUUUCGCAGCUUGCUGGCCUUGUCUCCAGAGGAUGUGCUUCCUGCAGUGUACUUGUGCACAAACAAGAUAGCUCCCGACCAUGAAAAUAUGGAAUUGAACAUUGGGGGUACUACUGUUGUAGCAGCACUAGAGGAGGCAUGCGGGACAAAGAAAUCGAAAGUACGAGAACUAUACAACAGCCUGGGUGAUCUUGGUGAUGUUGCUCAACUUUGCCGACAAACACAGUCAUUACUUGCUCCUCCAGUGGCACUUACACUUAGGGGUGUAUAUGCUGCCCUUAGAAGGAUAAGUUUGCAAGCAGGUAGUGGGAGUGCUAUCCGAAAGAAAAGCCUUAUUGUCAAACUCAUGUGUUCGUGUAGAGAGAAGGAGAUGAAGUUUCUUGUGAGAACUUUGGUUCGGAAUUUGCGCAUUGGAGCCAUGAUGAGAACUGUUCUUCCUGCAUUAGCUCAAGCUGUUGUGUUCAAUUCUACUCCUUAUGAAGGACUGGUCGAAAACCUGAAAGAAUGUCUGCAGCGACUUUCAGCAGAAGUAGUUGAAGCAUAUAACAUCCUUCCCAGCUUGGAUGUUCUUGUUCCUUCCUUGAUGGAGAAGGGGAUUGAGUUUUCUUCAAAUACAUUGUCAAUGGCACCAGGCAUACCCAUCAAACCAAUGCUUGCAAAGAUUACUAAUGGUGCCCCUCAAGUGCUGAAGCUCUUUCAGAACAAAGCCUUUACGUGUGAAUACAAAUAUGAUGGUCAGCGAGCACAGAUUCAUAAAUUAGCUGAUGGUUCGGUCCGCGUAUUUUCACGGAAUGGGGAUGAAACAACAUCUAGAUUCCCGGAUUUGGUGAACAUAAUUACAGAAUCAUGUGGUCCCAGAGGAACAACAUUUAUCUUGGAUGCAGAGGUUGUUGCAAUUGAUAGACAAAAUGGUUCAAAGCUCAUGUCGUUCCAAGAACUAUCUUCACGAGAGAGAGGGUCCAAAGAUUCCAUCAUUGCGUUAGACAAAAUUAAGGUUGAGAUAUGCGUUUUUGUUUUCGAUAUCAUGUUUGCAAAUGGAGAACAAUUGUUGAAUCUGCCGCUCCGUCAAAGGCGAAAAUAUUUGAAGGAUUUAUUUGGUGACGUCAAAGUGGGUUAUUUUGAGUACGCGACAGAAAUGACCGUAGAGUGCAAUGAUGCUUGUACAGAUAAUGAAGCCACAUUGGCUAGGAUGAACAGCUUUCUUGAUGAUGCACUGCAUUCUUCAUGUGAAGGGAUCAUGGUGAAAUCCCUUGAUGUAGAUGCUGGGUACACACCAUCAAAGCGCUCUGAUGCAUGGUUAAAGGUCAAGAGAGACUAUGUUGAAGGAUUAAAUGAUUCCCUGGACUUGGUUCCAAUUGGUGCUUGGUAUGGGAAUGGAAGAAAAGCAGGAUGGUAUAGUCCUUUCCUUAUGGCCUGCUACAACCCUGACACAGAGGAAUUCCAGAGUGUCUGCCGGGUCAUGUCUGGGUUUUCUGAUUCCUUCUACGUAGAGAUGAGAGACUUCUUCGAUGGGGACAGAAUCUUCCAGAAAAAGCCCCCCUACUAUCGAACUGCAGAAGUGCCGGAUAUGUGGUUGUCUCCAGAAGUUGUGUGGGAGAUACGGGGUGCUGACUUCACAGUGUCACCAGUGCAUCACGCAGCCAUUGGUUUAGUCCAUCCAUCUCGUGGUAUUUCUGUCAGAUUUCCUAGGUUCAUCCAGUGUUUGUCAGAUAGAAAACCUGAGGAAUGUAGCACAUCUGCAGAUAUAGCCGACAUGUUCCACUCUCAGACUAGAAAAAUGAAUGUGAAUCUUGAAAAAUAGUUGUAUAUAUUGUUUUAUUCUCAAGGAAGCUCCCUCUCCCUCUCCCUCUCUCUCUCUCUCUCUCACCCUUGUAAAUGCUUAUAUAGAAUUGUUCACUGACAGUAGUCUGAUCACUUUGUGUUGCUGCAUAUACUAUGGAAAGAGCUGAACUUGCUUA